GACAGGGGACCCUGUGGCGGGUGGCGGUCAAGGAGGGUUGGAUUGCAGGGGGGGUUGGGGCGACUGUGCGUGGAAAGUCUCGCGAGGAGGGGGGGGAGGGCAUACUGAGGGGGUUGCGAGGGAGUUGGGGGAAGGGGGACCCUGCGGCGGGCAGCGGUUAACGGGGGUUGGGUUGCAGCGGUGCGGUCGGGAGGAAUCAGCGAGGGUUGUCUUGCCAGGGUGGUCGACAUGGGGAGGGCACACCGCCGCCAGCAUGAGCCUGCCGCGAACCAUGUGCAACACACAUUCAGGGUCCGCUCCCCUGUCUAUCGGUACUUGGUUGUCGGCCAGAAGGUCAACAACAAGGGAGUCAUGAUGCUCCGUUGCACGUUUUGCAACAAAGUUUUCCAAGGGACCCAAUUUCAGGCCACGAGGCACUUCACGCAGACAAACUCCUGCAAGGACGUCAGCGACGAGGCGUUGUACGAGAUCGCGCGACGGACUCAACAAAAGUUCGAGGCCGAUCAAAUGGAGAGGGUUGUCAGGUAUGCAGCGGAGCGCGGACUCGAUGUGCCCGGCACGGGUGGUGCAAGGGGAGGAGAGGCGGGGCGGCGUCCGGUGGAGGGAGGGGUCGGGGGAAAUGGUGGGCAUGGUGCGCCAGACCCCCCUUUGGGGGGUGGAGGCUGUGAGACGGAGGAGGGCGUGAUCCACGUCGAUCGCGAGGCACGUGGCCCGGGCGAGGAGGGAGUCCCGAAACACGAGGACGUGCCAGAGUUUUAUCCAGGCACUGGGAGAGGUUGGAGGACAAGCGGAGGCGAGCAGGCAAGGGAGCUGCAACGGAGGGAUCUUCCAAGAGGAAGGAAGGAGGAAGUGAUCCGGCUGCCCCCCCACGCGGUCUCCUUCAAUGCCUUCCGCAACCAGGCUUGGAAGGCAUAUCAACAUGUGCUUCUUGAGCAGCGUGGCAGUUCCCCGCACGCUGUGCUCCCCAACCACUCCGAGAUUGCGAGUAUGCGGGCGGUGGAGACCCACCGUGCGGAGCUGGCGGAGGACUUGGAGGAGGUGAGGCAGCCAUUCUGGGUGACUGGUGCCAGCCUUCUCUCCGAUGGGAGGAAAUCACGAGACGGGAGACCGAUCGUGAAUUUCCUGGCCGCUGACUCGCGAGGGGUCGUCGUGUACACGACGAUCAAUCGAGAGGGCAAGGCGGACAAUGCAGUGCACGUCCUUCAAAGAUGGGUUACCAUCUUCUACGAGUUCAGCUUCGGCGGACUGCAGCGGGUCAAUGCGAUAUGCACUGACUCCGCUUCUGCUUACGUGGGGGCUGCAAGGGCAUUGGCCUCGCCAUCCACGCCUCUUGCACUGAGGAGGAUCACUUGGCUCCCGUGCUCCGUCCAUGUCUGCAACAAAUUGUUGUCAGACAUGGGGACGAGUUGCGACGCGUUUGUGGAUGCGAUCACACGUGCUCUCCACGAGGGCAUUCACACGAAGAAGCGCAACCAGUUGGCCUUCGAGAAGGUGGUUCAACUCGUUGAGAUCCCAGCAAAUGUGCGGUUGACGGAGUAUCGGCGAGCUGGAUGUGGUUAUGUGCUGCCAUGGCAGCGGGACGAGGGCAUGCUGGAUUGCCAGGCAGGACUUGAGGUGGAGCAUGUGCGCUCGGGGACUCGCAGGGGGAUGGCGGAGGAGGAGAUUGCCCGUAAGGUUGCACUUAUUACCUGGGAUCCCAUCAGGGUCUCCGCACCACCCUCUGCUGAUGUCGUUUUCGGUAAACGUGCUUACAUUUUUCGUCUCUACCCCAGGGAGGACGACUCGGACAAGGAGCCAGUAACCGAGGCGGCAGAUAACCCUGCGCUCCGCAUUCCCUGCGAGAUCGGCGAGACGCACGAGGAUCCUAACUCCGAGGAGACGAGGGCACACACUGCACGACGGGCGGUGGACCAGGCGGAGAGGGAGAUACUGGGGGGAGAUGAGGAGUUUUGGGAUAGCAGCAGCAGCAGUGGUGGAGGAGAUGGCAGCAGCAGUGCUGCAGGAGGAGGCACCAGCGGGAGGAGGAGCUGCAGCAGUGGAGGGGAAGGUGCCAGCAGCAGGAGGAGCAGGUGGAGAAGCAGCAACACUGGAGGUGGAGGGGGCAGCAGCAGUGGAGGAGGAGGAGGCACCGUCGGCAGUUGCAGUGGAGGGGGGGUGCCAGGACCAGUGGAGGAGGACAUAGCCGCACAGGCCGAGGUGCAGCGUGGGGGAGAUGACGAGCGCCUCAUGCAGCAGUUCCUUACGGAGGAGCUCGAUCCGUUCAUAGCGGGUAUGACCCCGGGUGUGGCGAGGGGGUUUGGGAUUUCGAAUUCGGAGAUGGGGAUCCACUUAGACUUUGAUUCAUCGAUGGGCCUUCCACCUAGUUGUGGCAGGGCGACAUCGACGGACCGCGCCCCAUCGAGGGACGAGGCGGCAGGACAGACUUUGACACAGACCGUGAGAGAGAGGACGAUGACUGAGUCUCCAGAUGCAGCACGCGACAUCAUGGAGCGAGAGAGGCCUCGACUUUUGGCAUCGAGUAACCCGCGUGCUCAGGCGUUCGCACGGGCCUUAGAGGAGGCCAGGCUUCGAGAGACAGGGGGGGAUUGUGUGCAGGGCGGGGUGGUGGCGGGGGUAGGCGUUGCGGAGGGAGUGGCAAUAGAGGCGGUCGAUGAGGCUAUGCUGGGUGGAGCAGAGGCAGCGGACGUUGCAGUGGAGGGACGACCACAGGCGGUGGAUGAGGUUGUGCAGGCAGGACAGCGGCGAGUCGAGGGGGCUAUAGACGCACGGCGCGUGGUCCAGGAGACAGCGACGGGUCCAGUCUCGGGCUUGGGACCCCGCGGCGCCAGGACGACCGCGGCGAGGGAGGUACCGGCAUCAGGUUGUGAGCCUCAGCGAGGUCGCGGCAGAGGAGUGUCCACCGAGAGCUUGGAGUACGCUCUGAGAGCAACGAUGCGUGCCGUGCAGGAGCAGACUCCACGCAAGCGUGGAGUGACUCCUCGUCCACGCCCCUUGCCUGCAGAGGGACGCACUACACUUGGAGAGAGUUUGGGGGCGGAGGGGUUGGGGAUGCCUCUUGGAUCCCGCCAUGAGCAGACCGUUGCAGAGGCUAGUGCGAGGGUUGUUGUGUUGAGGAAGGGAGGAGGCCCAGUCACCAUCGAGGAGGAUGAUCCUGAUACAGAUGCGGCUGUGCGGGAGGCGGACGAGGACUAUGAGGGCGAGGAGGGAGAGGAGGAGAGCAAGAGCGGUUUCGAUGGUGACGACUACGACGAUUACGAUGAGCCCCCACCUCCCCCAGGACCCCCACCGACGCGUGUAUCUACACGCUCCGCUGGACUUCUUCAUCCUCACGAGGGAGGAAGAGGUCGACAUCCGGCACUCGAGGGGGUACGAGGAGACAAAGCGGGAAGGGGAAGAAGGGUUGUUGACAGAUGAGGCCAACACUCCGCUUCUCCCCUAC